AAUCGAUAUUUCCAGCAGCCACACUAUCAAGCACGCCUGUUUUUCAAAUAUAUUUUUUUCAAAAUGAGUAAAUUUAACGCAAUGGAUUUGGUGCACAAGCUGAAGGAAGAACUAAAUACGCAAUACGUGAAUGUAGAUGACGAUUCCGACGGCUGUGGGGCUAAAUUCAGUGCAACCAUCGUAUCGGAGGUGUUCGUUGGAAAAACUCUGCUCGAGAAACACCGAUUAGUCAACAAAGCGCUGGCCGAGGAAUUGAAAGAAAUUCACGCGUUUUCGCAAAAAACCUACACACCCGAAGAGUGGGAGAAAGUUAAGCCCAAGGAGGAACCAAAAGAAUAGUAACAACAACAUCGAAACACAGCACCAAGACUACAACGAAAGCAACGGCCAAACAACACCAUCCGUGAGCCGUAACCUGUUGUCGUUUAUUGGUAGUUGAGAGAUUUCUUGCUUGAAGAAACCAGCCGCGAACC